AUGUCGCGCGCGAAACCCAACGCGUCGGCGGCGAAGAGGCACGGAAACGCCCACGUCCAGAUCCUAGGGCUCAACGCCGACGUCGCGGACACGACGUGCGCGUCGGUGUUGCUGUUCACCGAUCAGAGGCGAUACGUCUUCAACGUGGGCGAGGGAUUCCAGAGGUUUUGCGUCGAGCGGCGGCUUCGGUUGGCGAGCGCGAAGACGAAUGCGAUAUUCUUGACGAGAGUGGACAGCUCGACGGUCGGUGGGUUGAUUGGAAUGUUGCUCACGAUGAGCGAUGCGGCGUUGGCGUCGCACGGAGGGUCGGUCGAUGGACUCGAGCGCCGAAUCGUCGACGUGCGAGGACCGCGGAACGGAGUGGACCGCUUGGGACGAGCGGCGAGGACGUUGUUCGGGAACGGUCGCGCGGUGGCGCUUGAGGAGAACGGGUUCGACGGUAUAGAUGGUGAGGCCAUCGUGGACGACGGCACGGUGACGGUGCGGCCGGUUCUUUUGGGUAGGAAUCGAGAACGCGCCGAGGACGGAGGCGACACCAAGCGGGCGAGGACAGAGAGCGCGAGCGCAAGCGAGGUGGCGAGUUACGACGUGAAGCUCGCAUCGAUACCGGGAAAGUUCGACAUGGCAGCGGCGGUGAAGUUGGGGGUUCCGAACGGGCCCAUGCGUGGGGCUCUGGUGCGCGGAGAGACGGUGACGCUGGAAGACGGCACCGUCGUCGCGCCAAACAUGUGCGUCGGGCUGGAACAACCUGGGCCAAGAGUUGUCAUCUUCGACGCGCCGACGCUCGAGCACGUUCGUGAAGCGUUGUCUCGAGGAACAUCUUUAUUCGGUAACGUAGACGAUAUGAGUGUUGUCGUGCACCUAGCGAGCGCGAGCGUAGUGUCCACAAGCGAGUACGUCGACAUGGUGAAAUCCGUCUUUGGCGGCGCUCGCGAGCAGUGCGCGCACGUCUUCGCGAACUCGAAAGCCAUGGACGAAGUUCCCGUGUUCAUGUCUUCCGCAAGAAUCCAGGCUCGGCUGAAUGCGGUGCACUCGGGGAUUUUUCCGGAUGAAAACGUCCCGAGGUCACCGCCGCCAUCGCCGUCGAGAGCAAAGGAUGGGAAACGAGACAAGGUCCCGUCGGGCGUCGCCAACGCCAUCGCGGGAAGAAACCUGUUCAAGUUUACGUUGAUUCCGACCAAAAACGCGGGAUCGGAUUGGAGUGGGGUACCGAAGUACGUCCCGACUGCGGUGUACAAGGGUGACGUUGAGGCAAAGACGCGCGAGCUCGCCUCGGCGGCGAUGAAACCGACUCCGCCGCCGUCGCCGAGCUCGGCGCCGCGCCCCGGAGCGGAUCUCCCCGUGCCCGAGUACUUGCAAAAGCUCAAGCUGGGAGACGUCGAGCUCGUGUUCCUCGGCACCGGCUCCGCGAUGCCGGCCAAGUACCGGAACGUUUCGGGAUUUUUCAUGCAGUUUGGAGGCGACGGGUUCGAUGGCAACAUCAUGCUCGACACUGGCGAAGGAUCUCUGGCGCAGAUGAUUCGACGGUUCGGCGUGGAAUCAGUGAACGAAAAGCUGAAGCACAUGCGAAUGGUUUGGAUUUCGCACAUUCACGCCGAUCAUCACGUCGGAUUGCCGCACAUUCUCACGUACAGAGCUGAGCUGUUCCGUCGCGACGGCGUCGAGCCGCCGACGAUUCCCGUCGUCGGACCUCGAUCGCUGCGACGCUUCCUGGACUUUUACGGAGAUCUCGAGCGGUUGCACUGUGACUUUAUCGACCUCGCCGAAACUACGAGCGAUAAGUGGGCGAGUGAAACGAUGAGUCCACAGAUUGCGCGCCUUCGCGCCGCGCUCUCUGGGUCGGAUUUGGACGAAAUCGUCGCCGUGCCCGUGAAUCACUGCGCGCACGCCUACGGCGCCAGACUCGCGGGCAGGCGCGGGUGGUCGAUGGUAUACUCGGGCGAUACUCGCCCGUGUCAGAGCUUGGUGAACGCCUCGAGAGACGUCACGCUCUUAGUACACGAGGCGACGUUCGAGAACGGCAUGGAGGAGGAAGCGGUGAAGAAGCGCCACUCGACGACCAAAGAGGCGGUGCAGACGGGAAUCGACGCCCGGGCGUAUCGAACCAUCCUGACGCACUUCUCGCAGAGAUAUCCGAAGAUUCCAAUCUUUGACGCGUCGUACACCGAGCGAACGUUCGUCGCGUUCGAUCUCAUGAGCGUCGACUUCUCCGAGCUGCCGAAACUUCCCAAACUCUUACCCGCGGUGAGGUCCCUCUUUGACGACGACGACGAAAUCGCCAAGGAGGCAGCCUUAGGGGAGGACGAGUAG